GACACAUGUGCUUUUCCUGAUUUUUCAAAGUAGAUUCACAUUAUAUUGAUUGAUAUGACAGUAUAAAACUAUUUUAUAGUGUACGUUUUAACCAAGGUUGUAAAGAGUGUCCUGUUUCAAGUUGUCCAGUGGGGCUCAUGUGUGUUUGCAGAUGUGCUGCAGAAUGUACGGUAUGCAUUGAAGAUACCUGUGUACAGCCUACGUGCACACAUGCUCUCUCUGUCUUACACACACUUUAGAAACUAGGGCUGAAACUACAGCACAAUGUCAGAAGUCACAUCCAGGUGUUCAGGCACAGCACACCUCACCAUCUUAUCACCUUCUCUGAGCCAAAGUCAACGUUUCUCAUUUUAGCAGUUUCCUACAACCUGCAGCCACAUGAUUUCCAAGCAUAGAAGGAGUUGGAUUCCCAAAAUCAUCAAGAAGAGAGUGUGCACCACCUUCGUAGAAGAUUCUACCAGUAAUGGCGCACGCUGCCAGUGCGGGGGUACGAGAGAUACCCAUGGCUCUGUGGCUCUUGGGGACUAUUUCAGCACAGCCAUUGUCAACCGGUGGGACAGCGCCCAGCACUCCUCUGAAUACCCGACUGAUGCCUUUGGAGAGUUGCAGUUUGCAGGAGCCAGCAAGAGGCAUAGCUAUUUCCUGCGUUUGUCAUGGGACACCCCCCCGUCUAUGGUCUACACACUGAUGACAGCCCACUGGGGUCUUCCUUCGCCUAACCUGGUGGUUUCUAUAGUGGGCGGAGAAGGCAGGACAAAGGUGAAGACUUGGGUACGGGAGGUGCUCAGGCAGGGUCUUGUGAAGGCCUCACAAAGCACAGGGGCGUGGAUCCUGACAGCAGGCUUGCGUGAAGGCGUUGGCAGGUGUGUUGGUGAGGCGGUGAGGGAUCAUGCCACUGCCGCCUCGUCUGUGUCCCUCAACAAGGUGGUGGCGCUGGGCAUCGCUCCCUGGGGCCUCGUGCACAACCGAGACCAGCUGGUCAACCCUCAGGGCAGCUUUCCUGCGAAGUACUACGUCCAGAACACGUCCCGGGACUCCUGCUGCCUGGACAACAACUACCAGGCCUUCCUGCUGGUGGACGACGGGAGUGUGAGACGCACGCAAAAGACUAGCUUCAGGGCCAAACUGGAGGACUACAUCUCCCACCAGCGCACAGGCAUCUGGGGCAGCGGCAGCAUUGACAUCCCGGUCCUAUGUAUGCUGAUAUCAGGGGAGGCAAGCAUGCUGGAGAGAGUGGACCUUUCUCUGAAAAACUCCAUACCCUGGCUGGUGUUGGCUGGCUCAGGAGGCCUGGCUGACUUCUUGAGCGACGUCGUGGAGAAUCUGUCAUCAGCCCCGGUUGUCCAGUCGUCCGGCGAGGGAGACGGCGAGGCGAGUCCCAGUGUGGAUCUGAAAGACAGAGUGGCAGAACGGGUUAAGAAGCACUUCCCUUCUGAAGCGGAGACGGACAAACUAGUCGAACGGGCUCUGAGCAUCUACCAAAACCGAGACUUUAUUACAAUCUACCAUGGCGAGCAGGAGGGCCCAAAUGAAUUUGACACGGUCCUGCUCAAAGCAUUGGUGGGAGCCAGUAAACAUCGUGCGUCAGCUGAUGCCAGCCCUUACAAUGAAGAGCUGAGGUUAGCGGUCACAUGGAACAGGGUGGACAUAGCCAAGAGUGAACUCUUCAAUGGAGACAUCCAUUGGACGUAUGAAGACUUGGAAGACUCCAUGACAGAUGCCCUGGUCAACGACAAGCCUCAGUUUGUGCGUCUUUUCACUGAGAAUGGCCUCAACAUUCUGGACUACCUGACUUAUGGCAGGCUGGAGAGCCUCUACCGCUCGGUGCCUGACGGGACAAUGCUUUACCAGCUACUUCAGCGCCAUCUAGUGGAGCGGCUAGGAACCGCAGCCUAUGCGCCGACAUCAAACCUGCAGGACUCGGCUUCCAAAGUGGCCGCAGAGAACAUACAGAGUGGCUCAGCGAAGGAGAUCAGCCUUUUUGAGGUUGGAAGGGUCCUGGAACUGUUGAUGGGUGACGUCUGCCAGCCAUUUUACUACAAUGCUUUGGACAUAGAAGAUAUCUCAUCCAAGAGGAGAGCUCUUAGGCGUGCCAGUAAGCUGCUGCGGGGAGACUGCUUGUAUCGGGAUAAGCGCUGCCUCUUCCCGUGGGCUUCGCUCUUCAUCUGGUCUGUCCUCCAGAACCGCAGCGAGAUGGCCACUUUCUUCUGGGAGAUGGCAGGGGAGCCCGUGCUGAGUGCUCUGAGUGGCUGUAAGAUUCUGAGGGAACUGUCCAAGCUGGAGGUUGAGACUGAGACCAAACUGUCCAUGAAAGAGUUGGCCCAGAGGUUUGAGAACAUGGCACAUGACGUCUUCAGCUCCUGCUAUCGGAGCAACGAGAGUCGCUCUUUCACGCUGCUGAUUAGGAAGUCUCCAGUUUGGGGAGGCACCACCUGCUUACAGAUGGGCAUGGGCGCUGACGCACGUCUUUUCUUCAGCCAUGACGGAGUGCAGUCUCUGAUGUCCCAGAUAUGGUGGGGUGACAUGAAGAGGAACACAGAGGUGUGGAAGCUCCUGCUCACCUUCUUCUGCCCCAUCCUCUGCUACACCAACAUCAUCUCCUUCAGGAAACAAGAGGACCCGCAUCAGGAGGACGAGGGGAAGACUAACGAGGACGGACCGGGCAGGGACAGCGACAGCCUCUAUGGCCACACUGUCUUCUCUUUCUCGGACAUCAAGCACAUUGAAGCUGAUGCACAUGGAUCACACACUCCCAGGACGGCAACCAUCAGAGGCAUACCCCAGACUCGCAGACCACCAAAGCGUCCCUUCAUCGUGUCAAGAUGGCGUCAGUUCUGGUUUGCACCUGUCACCUCAUUUUUGGGCAAUGUUCUGAUGUACUUCCUGUUCCUCCUGCUGUUUGCAUACGUGCUGCUGGUGGACUUCCUGCCCCCGCCGCCCUCUGGUCCGGCCAUCACCGAGUAUGUGAUGUACUUCUGGGUAUUCACCAUCGUGUGUGAGGAGAUCCGGGAGACGUUCUUUUUGGGGACGAAGACUUGGCGUCAGAGGAUCCGAGUGUACAUUCAGGAUGUGUGGAACAAGUGUGACCUGAUUGCCAUCACACUGUUCAUCAUUGGAGUGAUCUGCAGGAUGUUCCCGUGGUCGUAUGGAUUUGGCCGGGACAUCCUGUGUGUGGACUACAUGGUCUUCACCCUGCGUCUCAUUCACAUCUUCGCCAUUCACAAACAGCUGGGACCUAAAAUCAUCAUUGUUGGCAAGAUGAUGAAGGACAUCUUCUUCUUCCUAUUCUUCCUCAUGGUGUGGCUCAUGGCAUACGGAGUAGCCAAUCAGGCUUUGCUGUACUCCUACGACCCCAGCUUGGAGCGCAUCUUUCGCCGGGUUUUCUACCGGCCGUACUUGCACAUCUUUGGACAGAUCCCGGUGGAAGAGAUGGAUGUGGGGAAGCAGUGGGACAUGCUCUGCACACACAACGUGACAUUGAUUCAGAGCGGCGAGGAGCCGUGCAGGACUCUGUAUAGUAACUGGCUGGUGGUCAUUCUGCUGGUCGUUUAUCUGCUGGUCACCAAUAUCCUGCUCAUCAACCUGCUCAUCGCCAUGUUUAGCAACACCUUCUCUGAAGUGCAGGGUAACAGCGACAUCUACUGGAAGUUCCAGCGCUACAACCUGAUUGUUCAGUACCACUCUCGUCCUUCUCUGGCUCCUCCUUUCAUCAUCCUCUCUCACAUCAAUCUCUUUAUCAAGAGGAGCAUCCGCAAGGUGCCCUCUAUCAAGAUCUUCCACUUCGUAUUGCAGUUGACAGGGAAAGCAGCCAACAGACUAAUGACGUGGGAAACCAUUCAGAAGGAAGACUUCCUGACCGCCCAGAACAAGAUCCAGAAAAGCAGUGACUCAGAGAGGCUCAAACGGAUGUCUGUCAAAGUGGAUGGUGUCCUGAAACACAUGACUGAGAGCAGAGACUUUGACCACAGGCUGAGGGCUCUGGAGAAUGAGAUGGAGUAUUGCUCAAGCGCUCUCAGCUGGAUUGUGGAUACUUUGGCUCAAGGCAGCACGUUCAAACCUCAUCGGCCUCCACCUACAGUGAGAGAUGCGUUCCCCUCUUCUUCCAAUUCUGCCUGAUCCAGCCUCGGUGAUGCCUUCACUUGCUCAGGGUCGGUAAAUGUUUAUCACUGGACUCGCUUCAAAUUGUUUCAAUUGUUCUGAGCUGAAAGUAAAGUGUAGCAGCCAUCACUACUUGUUACAGUAUUCAAAUGCCAAAGUCAAGCGCAUGUAUUUAUGAUGUAGCAUUUUAUGUAUUUUAUUUGCCAUCAUGUCUUUGUUGCUGAAAUUCUGUUUUUACGGUUUUUAUAUAGGUUUUUACUGCUGUAUUAAAACUGUUUAUAUAUAAAACACGGUACUGUAUUUGUAUUGCCACAUUGUUUGAUUGUGUGUAUAUAUAGUGUAAUAAAUGAGUUAUGUUACUGUUAAAGGAAUAACUCUGGAGGGCGACAUCUUGAGAAAUACUCACUUUCUUGUUUCAGGGGAUUAAAUGUUUGUGAAAGUAAAAUAAACUUGACACAAAGUAAAAUGGAACUAGAUAUGGCAAUAAGGGAAGACGAUACAGAAAUCUGAACAUUGUUUUAAAACCAGGUUCAAAUGUCUCGUCUCAAUUUGUUGACGCAUUAGAGUCGAGGGUUUAAAACCAAGGGAAGUAUAAUGUCAACAGCUAUAUAAUAACAAUCAAUGUUUUUAAGAAUGACCUUUAUAAAUCAGGCUAUGAAUGAUGUAUGAAAGAAACCUAAAUAAAUGGGAAUGAAACUGGAAA